GAGAAAAAAAUAAAAAUAAAUUGAAACAAAAAUAAAUAAAGAAUUUAUUCUAAGAUAAAAGAAUAAAUAAUAGUGAUCAUAAAUUUUUAAUAGAAAGCAAAAGUCAUAUUCAGAAAAUAUUUAACUACGAAUACUUAUAUCUUAUUAUGCAAAUACACGUAUUUUUUCCAUCACUUCUACUGAUUAGAUAAAAAUUAAAAUUUUUGUGGCAUUGCUCUAAGGCAUUAUUAGAAUUUGGUCAAUAAAUUAAAAACCUUUCAUCGGGGGAAAAACAAGACAAAAAUAAAUUUCUUCGUACCAAAUUUUGCACAUAAGCAUGUGGAUAAAAUUCAAAAUUGAACAAUUUCAAGUAUUUGGCAAAUAACAAUAAACCAAUACUUAAUACAAAGUGCAAUACCAAUAAUAUAAAUACAUAUUCAUAUGUGUGAGUGGAUGUAUAUGUAUAUGAAUGCAGCAUACAUAUGUAUGGGUACAUAUUUCUUAUCAAUUUACCACAACAAGGCGACACCUUUUAACAUUGUCAUUAGUUUGUCGUAUUUGUAAUAGAUAGAAAGAGGCAUCAUAAUAAAGAGCAGAAUCUAUGGGCAAGUGUAUAUCGAAAAAUCCUACAAGUUUAACGAUUGCAUUAUCUGAAAAAGAUUUGGCAACAGCCAGCCAUAUUUUAAGUAAAUUCACUGAAAGUUCCGAGUAUAUUGCACUUAAGGAUGAGCAUAGGAAUCAAUUAUGCGAGUACUAUGCUGUCAAGAGUACACCAAAUGGUGGCGACAUUGUUGUCAUCAGUAGUAGCAGCAGUAGUAGUUGUAGUAGUGCCAGCCAAAAGACGGAGCAACCACAACAAGAAAAACAAAGGUGGCAGCAUCAGAAGCAGGAGCAGCAGCAGCAAAAUUGUAAAGACGACUUUACCCAAGAAAACACUUGUUUACAUUCAUUGGACCAUUGGACAGUUACAAAAAGUGUACAAAAGCAGCAGAUUGUUAACAAUGAUGACAAGAGCAAUGAUGCAGUUGAUGAUGUACACCACAACACAAACACAAGUACCAACAACAACAACAAAAACGGCAACAGCAAUUGCAAUACCAACAACAACAAAGACGAAGAUAACAAUGAUUAUGGCGACGUCGUUGAGUCUAUGCUAGUUUAUAACGACCAUGUUGACGAUGAGUUUUUCUCUGAGGAUAAUGAUAAUGAUGAAGAAGACAAAUAUAUAACUAUUAUUAAAUGCUCAUCGUCUUGUAGUGAUAAUAAUAAUAACAACAACAGCAAUAAUGAUAAUGGAGGUACUAAAGAAAAUAUCAUCUAUGCUGAUAUCAAUCUUGCCAAUUGUAAUAACAUUCGUAAUAACACCAGCAUUAGUGGCAAUAAUACGAAUGCUAAUGAUAAUAAUUAUUUUGCUGAAUUACCACCUUACCUGACUAAACUUCUGCUGUAUCAAAAACACAAAAAGCAACAAGAACAACUGCAACCACCUGAUAGUCCAACACAUAAAACUGCUUCGCUAAUAGAUUAUUAUCUGAAUAAGAAAAAACUCGGUAAUAAAUAUAAAUAUAGGAAAAAGUCAAGUAAAUCUUUAAAACAUGAUGAUGUCACGAUGGAAUCAUUUGAUGUCCACACGGAGGGUCAAGCCGAAAGUAAAAAGAACUCAAAGAAGCACAAUGCAGGUGAAAUCCAAACGAAGGGCACAGCGAUGUCUUUCGGCUUUCGCAAAAACCUAAAUACAACACCAAAAAAACUAAAGAAACUAAUAAAGGGAGAGAACAGCAAACAUUCCAAGAAACAGGAUAAAUGUAAUGCCAACGACAGUGAUAAUGCGGAUAAAGGCAAUGGUGGUGGAGGAAUUGGUGAUGGACUAAAUACGGGGGAGGGUAGUUAUAAAACAGAUACUGUGAUAGAUACAAACAAUAAAAUUUGCACAGAGAAACUAGUCAGUAGGGAUGAUAAUGGGAAUGCAGAUUUGCUGAACAAUGUUUAUUUUGAAAAAAUGGGAGCAGCAGCCGCUGCUACUAUACAAACAAAUCAGAAUACAGGUGUUGCUGUUGGUAAUGUUAAGUUACCUGGCGCUGGAAGUCGUUUUGGUUUCCGUGGCUCUUAUAGGCCUGCAUCGACGGAUAUAACAUCACGACAACAAAGAGAAUCCCAUGAUAAUAUUGAAAAUAACAAUUGUGCCGCUAAUGGAAAUAAUACUAAAGGUGUGCUUGUUAGCAACUUGAAACGUCGUUCAAAGAGUGCACAUGCUGGCAGAACAACAUCGUCUUCAAAUGAAAGCGAUACCGAAACAGGCGCAGCACCCAGAAAUACUCAAACAAAAACGAUAACAUUCAAUUUAAAACAAAAUAGUACUAUCGAGUACGAUAGACGUCAGUUCUUUGAACAGCCGCCACUAAAUACACAAACAACAUACACAACAGCCACAAGUGGCAAUAUGAAUGUUCGUGGUGGCAGCAGCAGCCACAAUAUGGCAGCAGGCCUACAACACCACAAUAAUGUCAUAGUACGUCCAACACCCAGAGUAGCUGCAACAGCAAUGGCAACAGCAUAUUCAAAAUUCACUUUACAAACUGUUAGCUUGCCAAAGCCUGAAUUUGCUGUGGCCAUUAGUAUUAAUGCUACCACACCUAUAACAAUACCAGCCAACAACUCAUAUGUAUCAACGCAGGCAUUGGGUGCGGGUACGCGUACCAGAGAUCAUUCAUCAGGUCGUCAGCCAUUGACGGUGGCACAGUCGCCUACACAGGCCGCACAGCGUAUGGAUGCCAAGCAGGCCAAACACAUGACAAAUAGCACAAGACGUACAUUUAGUGGCAGUCGAGAGAUUUCGGCAGAUUCAGGCAUAGCCAGUCUAGAUAUGGCAUUGGAUAGUUCCACAUCGAGUGCUGGGUCAGUAAAACGCACUGGUUCACCCAAACGUAGCCGUAGUCGUCCAAGGAAUUUGCAAAUGGUGAUGAAUGGUCGCCAUAGGUUUGAGGUUAAGGAUUUAGAUGAUUCACUGUCCAGUGAAAGCAGCUCGAUUGUAGAGCCUUUAGCUUUACCAAAGUUGCCGGCUGAAAAUCAAACGGUACCCUUGCCCCUAAGUGGUUUGAUACGCUCCAAUACAGUUUUAAGUAGAGAAUCGUACGAACUAAGGAAUUCAGUUGCCAAACAUAAGGAAAACUCUGAUGAGGCUGAUAACAAGCCUCAACAUCAGUUGAUUACCAAUUUGAUUAGCCGACAGCCAUCGGAAGAGGAUAGUGAAUCUGUAGAUGAGGAAAAAUUACAUUUGGAUAGAUCUGCCACUGAAAAGGGCCUCAAGGAACGUCAGUUUAAGGACAUUAACACUUGCUCCAGUAAGACAUCAUCGCCCGGCAGCUCGGUUAUAUCUUCCUGGUGCAAUGCAGGCGAAUCAUUGGCUGCAAAUGAUUUCAGCAAUCUGAGUAUCAGCAGUAGUGAAGACAGUAACAAGCAGGACAAUAAGAUGGAAGAUAAUCGUAAGGAAAAUGAAAAUAAACUUUCGUUUGACCUUAAUGACGAUGAUUUGAUUACUUUAAAUACUGAUGUACCAAUUAGCACAAUAUCCUCACUCACUGAACCUGUACCGCUCAAUAUAAACGAUGAAAUUGACAAUAUUGCAAAAUUAGACAACACUCUUGCUAUAUUCGAAAGCGAUGCCGAUAGUUUUGAACGUCCCAAGACACUUUGCAAUAGCUUGAAUGAAUCGAAAUUCGCUGAAAUGGCUUUGGAGGGCAGUACUUUUCUGUUGGAUGAUGAGACUUCGCCCACAGAUAGUUUGGUGAGCAGUACGGAGUCCGAGGAAGCAGCUUGUAAGCAAAAGAAACACAAAAUGAAUGAAGAACUGCAAGAGAAAGAUAUUGAUGAGAUUUCGCCGGAAUUAGAUUUGGCAAGUCCCUUAUCGCCUGGCACGCCAACACAUGCUUCACAUUCCCUGUCACUUUCCGAUUGUGGCAAUUUGAUAGACGACGAAAUAGCCGAUCAGCCAGCUCUAUUGUUUAACCAAGAAUCUCAAGAUGGUGGCGGCGAAAGUGGUACAUCUCGCAGAGAUAGAACCGAUACUCCCACACUAAUGGAGAGUAUGGGUUCGAUGAGAGCCUCUAUAAAUAAAUCACGCAGUGCUCUGCAUCAGGCAAUGGAAUUAAGUUUACGCACACCUCUGUCUUUGCGCAAAGCUGUUAUGGAAAGGGCCGAGUCAUUGGACACUUUAUCACCUUGUGAGUCCAUCUGUUCGGAUGAUCUUAUGAUGGAUUUUGAUGUAGCCAGCAGUAUGGAUUCAAUUGAUAGAUCUGCUUCGAUUAAGAGUCGCAGUGGUUCUGAUUUGAAUAAUAUCGAUGAUAAUGAGUUGUUUUCUGAAUUCGAUCGUAAGGGCAGUGAUGUUAUGAGGGAAUUAAAUUCUAUUUUACGUACUCGCUCUCAAAAGAGUACUGACAAGGAUAUCACUGCACAUUUGCCUGCACGUGCUACCCGUCUAUUGAAUCGUUCUCGCAUGCAGCAGCAUUGCACUUUAAAUAACGACGAUUCGGAUAGUACUAAAUCUCCUUUGACGGGUCGACGUCGUACCAACACCACAUCUUCACGCACCUCAACAGCAUCGUCUACCAACAACAAUAACAGCAGCCGCAACAACAAUUCAGCCAACUCAUCGCUGCAACGCAAGUUUUCACAUCACCAUCAUCAUCAGACAUCGUCUAGUUACCAUCAACGUGAUACGCACAGUUCUUCGGACGAUCUCAUGUUGUAUGACAAAUCAUUUAGGAAUGCCAUGAUUCAAGAUGUGUUGCAGUUCAAAAAACAAUUGCUGCGUUUACGCAAAAUACUGCAGGAGAAUGAAAAUUGUUUGACGAGGACCGAAACUCUCAAUCCAUUCGAAAAUGAUAAUGGACAACUAUUCACAUCCUGCGGUUUAGACAGCAAGCUGUUAGAUGACAUCGAUUUGGCCAGUUUGACAUCAUCCACAACCGAUGACCCCAUACAGGAGCUGGCGGAUCUACGAAGACAGGUGGUUUAUCUUCAGGGUCAAGUUGAUGAUCGUGAUCGCACAAUACGUUUGCAAAAAAAUCUCAUUGAAAAAUUAGAGGCUGAAAAACUUAAAGCGCCACAUGCUGCUAAUGAAAUUGCCACAAAGGAGUGUGUAGACACAGCAACACAAACUGAAAGGACACGCCCCUUAACAAUUGGCACGGAAAGUUUGUCGAGAAGUAAACCAGAAUACACCAGUUAUACCACAUAUUUCCCAGCAAUUUGCAGUGAUUCUACCACCAUAAUACAACAUCAUCAACAAAAUCCCGGCUGCUUGGCAAAUAAUCAAACUAGACGUCAUACCAUAAUUUCUACUACUUUAACAAAUUAUAAUCAACAAUUAUCAACGCCAAGACAUACGCCGCGUAGAGCAUCAAUUGCCUGGGAAAAGCAGACACCUUCAUAUAAGCCCGUCAAGAUAACCCUAAUCGGUGAUCCCUUGAAGCACUGGCAGAGUGAGGGAAAUUCAUUAGACAAAAGUAAAGAGGAGGAAUUUAGUAAAAAAUGUAUUAAUACAAAUAUAAAUAAACAACUACCGCAACAAGAGAAUGCCCCUAAUAAUAGUAAUAAUAUAAUAUUGAAUUCUAAACAUCAUCAUCGUCUGCAGGACAUAAUGGUGGCAAAUGAAAUAAAAACACAAAUUCAUCCGCCUCAGCAUCAGCAUCAACGUAGUAAUAAUCAACAUCAUCAUCAUCAGCAUCAUCAGCAGCUGCAACAGCAACAACAGUCGUCGCAUCAAUUUUAUAAAACAACAACAUCACAUCAACACAAUAAUUUAAAACCAACAGUUACUAUAGUUUAACAACAAACUAAAUUAAUAUACACUUACUUAUAGAUUGCUAUACUUUUAUUAAACAAAAUAGUUACAUUUUUUAAACAAAAUCAUAAAUAAGUUUAAGUUUUUCAACCCAGGGUUAAAUUGUAUUUAACGGUUUGUUAAAUACUGUUUUUGUAUAUGGAGAGUUUCAAAUGGACACGAAUUGGUUCUGAUAUGUAAAUUUUUUACAAGUUUAAAUGUCAGAUAAUUUAUAAACAGGAACUGGUUGUCUUGUUAAAUUAAAAACUUAGCUGGGAUUGAUACAAAAUAAAGUCAGGAUUUCGUUUUUAAGUUUGUUAUAUGGUCAAACGAAAUGAACAAAAAUCAUUUUCUGCGAAUUCCUGUAUAUCUCUACACCCAAAGAAAAUAUAUAGUUGUACAUGUUCACUGCAACCAUUUCAAAAUCUAUACAAGUUUUUUAACCAUAUUAUGGUCAUUGUAAGUAUUUUCAUGAUUGCGGUAACCAUAAUAUGGUAAAGUUAAGAUUCACAUAAUAAUCGCAAUCAUAUAUAUGAUUGUAGUAAAUAAAUAUAUGUUUAUGGCAAUCAUAUUCAUGAUGCAUCGAACAACAUAAUCCUGCUGACCGAAAAACGGUUUCAUUUUUCAUCUUUCUAAACUCCACCGGUUUUGGUUUUUUUUAACUUUUCGUUUUUUUGACAACCGGUUUCUGUAAGACGGUUAACCGGUUUGAAUGAAAUAUAUUUUCUAAAGCUCAUUCAAGCAUAUUUAUGAAAAACUUUGAUACCUUUUUUAAAAAUAUUGAUUUAUUAUUUGACAAUAUUUGAGGAGCCACAGAACAAAAGGUAAUUUUUUGAACAUUUUGGGAAAUUGAUUUUUUCUAGAAGAUAUCAACCCAAAUAUUAUAAAAAUACCAAAAAAUUAAUUUGUAAAAAAAAUCAAAUAAGAACCUGUUGUUCUGCGGCUCCCCAAAAACAGCAAAAACAUUUUUCUUUUAAAAUUUCAAUAAUUUAUAUUUUUGAGUGAUUUUCGAAGGUGGGCCUAACAUGGGAGCUAUGACCAAUUAUGGACCGAUCACCAUGUAAUUAUGUCGUGUGAUUUAUGUCUAUAUUAAAGUUAGCUAUGUUGAAUUUUGUGUGUAUACCAACAUUUUUAAGCGAUUUAUGCACGUUAAAGUGAUAUUCGGAAGUGGGCCUUAUAUGGCAGCUAUGACCAAUUAUGGACCGAUCACCAUGAAAUUAGUACGUGUAAUAUAUGUCUAUAUUCGAGUUAAAUAUGUUGAAUUUUGUGUGUAUACUAACAUUUUUGAGAGAUUUAUGCACGUUAAAGUGAUUUUCGGAAGCGGGUCUAUAUGGGAGCUAUGACUAAUUAUGGACCGAUCGUAACAAAAUUUGGUGACAUGAAUUUUGUGUAUACAAAACUUAUUUGGAGCGCAAUUUGUGUAGAUACAUAUAUAAAUUAAACAUUUAUGACCGAUAAAGUCCAAUUUUGGAAGGACAUUUGUAUGGGGGCUAGGUGAAAUAAUGGACCGAUUUCUGCCAGUUUCAAUAGGCUUGGUCCUUGGGCCGAAAAAAUAAUAAGUACCGAAUUUUAUCGAAAUAUCUAGCCAGCCAGCCAGCCAGCCAGCCAGCCGACCAGACGGACGGACGGACAUCGUUUAAUCGACUCAGAAAGUGAUUCGAAGUCGAUCGGUAUACUUUAAGGUGGGUGUUAGACUAAUAUUUUUGGGCGUUACAAACAUCUGCACAAACGCAUAAUACCCUCCCCACUAUGGUGGUGUAGGUUAUAAUAAUAUAAUAGUUAAAAAAACUUGUAAAAAUUUUGAAAUGGCUACAGUAAACAUGAACAACUAUAUUUUUUCUCUGCGUGUAGGUAAAUUUGUGCAUCUUUUUCUCAACGAAAUUAAAUUUAUUCUAGUGAAAGCGGAGUUGCCAAUUAAGCUGACCCUUCUAUUAAGCUUUUACGAUUUUUGGUGCUUUCAAGGUCUGAAAUUGUUCUUCGUCAUCUAUAAAAUUGUUGUAAAAUUUAAUAACUUUUAAAGCUUGCACUUCAUGCGUUAUGAAUAUUAUGAAUUUAGCUGAUUUCGAGGAAAUUAGGUUUUUGGUCGCAAAUUUGUUAAAUUUUUUUCUAUAAAAAUAUUUCGUAGUCUAUUUUAUUAUAUUCAAUUUUAGAUUGUUUCUUAGGGUUGGUAAUUUACGAUUUUGUAAUUUUAUAUUUAAGGGCCUACUUAACCCACUGUUCUUUAAACGAAUCGGAGUAAGGUUUUUGAUUUUCAAACGAAUUUACAUAUUUACAUCAAUUUAUCAACUAUUAAUUUUUGAAAUUGGAUCGUUUAUAACAUAACUCGAUUUACUGAAAAGGGGGGUAUAUCUGGAGUCAAAAUUCAUUUCCAAGACAUUAAGGUCUACACUGAAAAUAUAAAAUAAAUAAAAAAAUUAAAAGAAAAAUGAUUGAAAUCAGUCUAUAAUGAUUUUCAUGAUCUUAAAGAAAUCAAAGAAAUUAAAUCACUUGUGUCGAACUUUUGAGACUGUUUUAUUUGUACUUCAUUAACCCAUGAUAACCAGAAGUCAAAAUGCUAAUUUAAAGCAAUUUCGCAUAUUAAAUACACCACAAUUAUUAAAACAAUUUGGUUAAUAAUAACAGCACAGAGAAAACAGAUUCGUGAUAGCAACCGAAUUUGUUGCCAAUCGAAUGAUUCUGUCUUAGUGAGCGAAUUUUACAGUUGUGGGUACAAUAUUUUGGAAGGGGUAACUAAAGUUUGGUUGCCUCAACUAAAAUUCUUCUUUAUCAACUGACCUUCUGUUAGAACUGAAAAAUUCUAUAUGUGCAACCGAAUCAUUCGAUUGGCAACAAUUUUAAGCACGAAAGAUUUAACCCUUUUAAGCACGAACAAUUUGUCUCUUCUGGCACCGUCUUAUUGAAACCAAAUGUGGUCCAAGUCCAUGUUUUCCAAUUCGGGCCAAAAUAUUCGGUAUUCAGGGCGGGAUAACGAUCGCCAUUCACAGUAACAGGACGAUCGUUAUUGUCGACGAAAAAAUAAUAUAAAAAAAAUAUGGCCCAAUGACGCCUCCGGCAAGCAAACCGCAUUUUUUGGUUUGUUAUUUGUUGUGGAUGAAAUGGUGAUUCAUGAAGCACAUGUGAAUUUUCACCAAACCAAUAACGCAUAUUUUGCUUAUUGUCGAACCCAUUGGUCCAAAAAUUAGCUUCGUUACUAAAGAUGCGUUUGCGAUUAAAUUCAUCAUCUUGGCGCAACUUCUCCAGAGCCCAAUCGGAGAAUAUACAUCACGUCAAAUGGACCAUCGGAUUCAAUUCUUAAGUCAGCUUGAUCUUGUAUGGGUAUAAACCAAGAUCCUUAUGUUAAAUUCGCCAUAAAGUGGUCUUGGUAAUGCCCAUUUCUUGAUAACGCCGCGGAAUCUACUUAUUUGCAUUAUUUGUUACGGACGCCUGAAGGGCAGCGAUAUUUUCGUCACUUCGACCAACUCGUUGUCUCACUGCUACGACAGCAUCACACAUUGAAUAUAUUCACUCAACUUGUUAUUGCUUGUCUACUAGGGCGAGAAUAACGACUGAAAAUUUGAGAUAACGCUCUUGAAGUUCCGGUCAGCGACUCCAAAUUUCGGUAGUACAUUUUUAUAAUUUGCAUACGUUGUUCGUUCGUGUACUUUACCAUGAUGAAAAUGUUGAGUUUACUGAAACAAAAGGAAAGAAAUAGAUCAGUGAAAUAGUGCGUUCACAAAUUAAAUUCAAAGAUGUCAACUACCUAUUAGACAAUUCUCAUUCCAGUACAACUCUAUGAAGAUAACAAUACAUUUUUUUUAAAAGAUUUUACUUACAAGUCUAUGAGUUUGUUCAACAAUAUUCUACCAACCUCUGCAAUAGCUUUGACUAAGUGGAUAGAAGACUAUAUGUGGGUCCAUAUCAGGGAUGACCAAAGCUAAACUAUAUUUGUGUUGAUGAGCGAAAGAGAACUCCACUGAAAGUAAAGUUUAGUUAACCAAAAAAUAUGUCGGUAUUUAUAAGGUUUUAUUUGAUAACAAUAAUGAAGUCAAUAGUCUUAAUAAAAUUGUCUACGACAUAUUAUCAUAGCUCAUUAAUUAAAAGUUCGAUAACAAAAUAUUUUUUUUUGCUUAUUUUAUUACGUUGUUUUGAUUAAAAUCAUAAAAUCUGAAGAAAAACAUUGUUCACAGAAGUAAAUAGAGGAAAAGAACACUUCCUUGAUUUUUUGAAGUUCGAAAUAUGUAUAUUAAAUAUUUCUUUCAGUUGUAAUGACAAAAUAACGAUACUUGUGCAUUCUCGAAAGAGACAGUGAGAAUAAGUAUAUGUGUGUUGUUACUCAGCGCGAAAGCACUAUGAAAUGGGCUAUAUUUGAUACUACUUUUAGUUGCUCUUUUCAGGCAUCAUUCUAACCAAUUAAACCUUUCAUUUACAAAGGGUGAUAACCUUAAAAUGGGUUGGUUGGGCAUGUUGUGUACAAUUUUAAUCCAUUGGAGCAUUGUAUUAGGCUCAAUUCACAUGAUCGUAUUCAGAAAUUGUUACAAUAUCCUGAUCCUUUUGUAUAUAUGUGUCAUUACUCCAAUAUCUGACAGGCUUGAUCUAAAUUUUUAUGAAUACUAAUGGAAUAUUUGUCUGUCAUAAUCGAAAUAAGAAAAGGGCUAAAAGUUUGACAAAGUACCACUUUUUUUGGGACUAAUAUGUUCUAGUAUAAGUUUUUGUUUUUUUUAGAAAAGUCUUCCAUAGGGACCCACAAUUUUUUUAAAUAACUUUAUGUGGUCUACAAAAAUUUAGGACGAUUAUUUUAAUAUACUUCAAUUUUAACUGUUAUUUUUAAUCCAGAAAAAAACUAAAUGAAAUAAUACAAAUAGCCUAAAAAUGUGUUUUAAAAUUGAUUAUUUUCAAUAAAAAAACUCUCCAUGUAUAAGUAAAAGUUACUGCAAUUUAACCCUAUAAAAACCAUAGUUUAUUUGUUAAACAAAUAUCGUGAAAACCUGACCUUAUUGUUAUUAUACUCUCUUUCACUCUCUCUCUCUAUCUCUCUUUGUUUUUAUUAUGACUUAACGCACAUUUAAUCUAAUUAAUAUUUUUAUCAAAACUAAAAUUAACAAUUAACUAAAUACAAUAACAAGACAAAGAAAACCUGUUAUAUAAAUAAUACAAUUUAUAAAGAAAUUUAAGCCUUUUUGAAUAAAAACUCCAAAAACCAGUAAAUCCCCAGCCAAUUGCCACAAAUUUCGCCUUUUCAUACAAAAUAAAACAAAAAACUCAUUAGAUGCAAUAAAUAAUAGUACGAAUACAUUCUUCAAAUACAACCACAAAGAGAACAAAAUAUAAACAUAAAUAUUUAAAUAAUAUUAAUGAAAUGAAAAACAAAAGUAUUAUUAAUUCAUAUUAUUAUUAUUACAAUUUAAAAAGUAUAUUUACAACGUAUGUAUGUAAUAUUUUUUAAAACAUAAUCCCCCAUUUAAUCAACCACA